CCCGCUUCCCCGAGCUUCCGGUUCCGCCCCCUCACCGUGGGGCCGCUCUAGCUCGCCGGCGCCGCCGCUCUAUGGUAGGCGAGAAGAUGGCGGCGGCGGUGCGGCAGGAGCUGGCGCAGCUGAUGAACUCUAGCGGCUCCCACAAGGACUUGGCGGGAAAAUACCGUCAAAUAUUGGAAAAAGCAAUUCAGCUGUCAGGUGCACAACAACUUGAAGCUUUGAAAGCUUUUGUAGAAGCGAUGGUGAACGAGAAUGUCAGCCUAGUGAUAUCACGUCAGCUGCUGACAGAUUUCUGUACCCAUCUUCCAAGUCUUCCUGACAGCACGGCCAAAGAAAUAUACCACUUCACCCUGGAAAAGAUACAGCCUAGAGUCAUUUCAUUUGAAGAGCAGGUUGCUUCAAUAAGGCAACAUCUUGCAUCCAUCUACGAGAAAGAAGAAGACUGGAGAAAUGCAGCACAAGUAUUGGUGGGGAUCCCUUUGGAAACAGGGCAAAAACAGUACAAUGUAGAUUAUAAACUGGAGACCUACCUGAAAAUUGCCAGGCUGUAUCUGGAGGAUGAUGACCCAGUUCAAGCAGAAGCUUAUAUUAAUCGAGCUUCCCUUCUUCAGAAUGAAUCAACAAAUGAACAGCUACAAAUCCAUUAUAAGGUUUGUUAUGCUCGAGUUCUUGAUUAUAGAAGAAAGUUCAUUGAGGCUGCCCAAAGAUACAACGAGCUGUCCUAUAAGAGCAUAGUUCAUGAAAGUGAGCGACUGGAGGCACUGAAGCAUGCUUUGCAUUGUACUAUUCUGGCAUCGGCAGGACAGCAGCGUUCUCGCAUGCUUGCUACGCUUUUUAAGGAUGAGAGAUGCCAGCAGCUUGCAGCCUAUGGAAUCUUGGAGAAAAUGUAUCUUGACAGAAUUAUUCGUGGCAACCAACUGCAAGAGUUUGCAGCUAUGCUAAUGCCUCACCAGAAAGCAACUACAGCUGACGGUUCCAGUAUCCUGGACAGAGCUGUCAUUGAACACAAUUUACUAUCUGCAAGCAAACUUUACAACAAUAUUACCUUUGAAGAGCUUGGAGCAUUACUGGAGAUCCCUGCAGCUAAGGCAGAAAAGAUAGCUUCUCAGAUGAUAACUGAGGGGCGCAUGAAUGGAUUCAUUGAUCAGAUUGACGGAAUUGUUCAUUUUGAGACUCGUGAAGCUUUGCCAACUUGGGACAAGCAGAUUCAGUCCCUGUGUUUCCAGGUGAACAACCUGCUGGAGAAGAUAAGUCAGACAGCCCCAGAAUGGACAGCCCAGGCAAUGGAGGCUCAGAUGGCUCAGUGACCGCACAGCCAUGGUUUUCUGUACUGGAGGGAAGGAAGCUGAGCAGGACUGUUAGCUGAAUGAAUAACCCACCUUUGUGUCCACACCUUUUGCUUUCACUCUGCCUUAGGACACAUUAGGCGAUACUGCGUUUGUUGUGAGAGUUCCCCUGUUCUCUGAGCGUUGGAUGAUGUUGCUGCAUCUGCGUUGUGCUUUGCUGUCCUGAAAGCUGUGGUUUCUGCAUAGAAGAAGCUGCCGUGUCGGAACAAGCUUGGGUUUUGGUUUAUUUAAUGUCAUUUGGUUUUCCACUGUAUUGCUAUAGCUUUGCAGCCCAUUACUUCCUAAGGUGUUCAUCCCACUGUGACAAAUGGAAGUGCCAUGUAUCUUCUACUUGUAAUUAUUCUAAUAAAAGCUGCAGUAAGCCACUUGUUUUAAGUG